AUGGGUUAUUCAUGGAGUAUUACCGUUACAAUCGAAGCAAAGUUCCCGUUCCAUCGAUACUCUCAGUGCUUCAUCCUCAUGGAUACUAUGGGUUGUAAAUUAAUAGCGAUCGUGAGUGGCUCAGAGACCGAGAGGUUCAACAUGUUAUUAGAACAAAGACGCGACUACACCAUUUAUGAUGUCAGGUUCCAAGUGAACCUUUGA